AAGGCUAUCUCCUUUAACGAGUGCAAUGUUUUCCAGGAAAGAAAAUUCAUCUUAGGUCCUGAGUACAAACAAGAUAACCAGAGAUGGAGAAAACAGUAAGCAGAAUCUGUCUUGCUUCAGAGCCCAGCAUAGUUCAUUUUCUACAAGUGUCCUGGGAGAAAACACUAGGAUCUGGUUUUGUUAUUACACUUACUGAUGGUCAUUCAGCAUGGACUGGGACAGUGUGUGAAUCGGAGAUUUCCCAAGAAGCUGUUGACAUGGCCAUGGAGAAAGAAAAGUAUGUGGAAGAGCUGAGAAGAGCCCUGACUGCGGGAGCAGAAGCACCGGGCGCGUAUAAGUUCAGCUUCUCUGAAGAGUCUGCUCAGCUCUCCUGUGACAAGAACCUGCAGGAUGUUUCAUUCAGGCUUGGUUCCUUCAGCUUAGACAAAGUUCCAAACCCAAGUGAGGUCAUUAGAGAACUUAUUUGUUACUGCCUGGACACCAUCACUGAAAAGCAAGCCAAAAAUGAGCACCUGCAGAAAGAAAAUGAAAGGCUUUUGAGAGAUUGGAAUGACGUUCAAGGACGAUUUGAAAAAUGUGUGAGUGCCAAAGAAGCCUUGGAGACUGAUCUUUAUGAACGAUUUAUUCUGGUGCUGAAUGAGAAGAAAACAAAGAUCAGAAGUUUACAUAGAUUGUUAAAUGAAGGUCAAGAAUUGGAAAAGAAUACCAACCUUGACAGGGACACUACAGCCUGUUCUGAAGUUGCUGUUGAACAUGAUGCAGCCUAUGAUGAAAGCACAGAUGAGGAAGGUGCAGCCUCCUCAACAGCUCCAGUUCCUACUUGUGACAGUGAUUCCAUCCUGUCAAGUUCUGAUGUCACUGACAUUGCGCCCAGCAGGAAGAGGAGACAGCACAUGCUGAAGAACCUUGGGACACAACCGAAAGUGGCUCCUCAGCGACAGCUUCAAGGAAAGGCACCGCUUGACCCUGCACUGCCUGAGACACUGAAGGAAGAACCUGUCUCCUCUGAAAACUUGUCUUUAGAAACUCUGAGAAACAGCAGCCCAGAAGCUCUCUUUGAUGACAUAUGAAUGUGAAUUCACCCAGACCCAUGGUGUCCACAGACCAGCAGGAAACCACCUCAGCAACAACCUUGCUCCCUUACAGCUUAGUGACGUGUGCACUGAGUUGAAUCCAAAGUGCAAAAUGGAUCACACAUUCAUGUGACGAUCAAAUGUGAUUAGAGUAGUAUAUUUUUUGAAACUGUUCAUUUGCCUUGUCUAUUCCAUUACAUAAGAUAUGAAUUUCGUUAUACAUUUUCACAUGUUGUAUAUGGUUUCUGUCUGAUUACUUCCCUAGGAAGAUUUUGAAAA